AUGUCCAUAACCCUGCAUACAGAUGUUGGUGACAUAAAAAUUGAAGUAUUCUGUGAAGAAUGUCCGAAAACUGCAGAGAACUUCUUGGCAUUAUGUGCCAGUGACUAUUACAAUGGGUGUUUGUUUCACCGUAACAUCAAAGGAUUCAUUGUACAAACUGGUGAUCCAACACAUACGGGCAAAGGAGGUUCAUCAAUUUGGGGCCGAAAGUUUGAAGAUGAGUUCAAAGAAAAUUUAAAACAUAAAGAACGAGGAACUGUAUCAAUGGCUAAUAAUGGACCUAAUACUAAUAGUAGCCAAUUCUUCUUGACAUAUGCUGCUCAACCCAAUCUGGAUUUAAAAUAUACAGUUUUUGGAAGGGUAAUCGAUGGAUUUGAAGCUUUAGAUGAACUAGAAAAACUACCAGUCAAUUCAAAAAAUUUUAAACCCCUGACUGAUGUGAAAAUACAAUAUAUUUCCAUUCAUGCAAAUCCCUUGGCAUCAUAA